AUGGCGGUUACGCCCUUUGAGCCCCGAGAAAACACGUUCACGGUUGUGGUUGAGAAAGAUGGUCGUGGGCUGGGCAUGUCUGUCUGCGGUGGCGGCGGGCUCGUCAGGAUAAGAAGGCUGUACCCGCCCCAACCCGCCUGGCGCACUGGCAGACUAGCGCAGAAGGAUCUCUUGUUGUCUGCCAAUGGCGUACCUCUUGCAGGACUUAGCACCUAUGAGGCUCUUGAAGUUCUUCGCACGGCGUCAACAAGGGUUGAGUUGCGAGUGUGUCGUCCUCCAAGCGAUGUGCUCGAGAGUAUCACUCCGCCGGACCCGCCAACACCCCCGGCCAGAACGCCACAUCCCCCACACUUGCCCCUCGAUCCUCUUAACUGCCAUCCCUUACACGCGAGACUGUCACAAACAACAAGCAGCGCUACAACAUCUUCGUCAGAAGGCAAAGGAAGACGCGAAGCGAGUCCUGAAGCAGAGAAAAGACAGAACUUGCACUUACCAGAUCUCGACAGACCCUUGCCAGUAUACGACAUACAAUAUGGCGAAUUCGACAUAAUCAUGACGAAAGUAAACGGUUCUCUCGGCUUCACGCUUCGGAAAGAAGAUCAUAGCGCUUUGGGUCACUAUGUACGAGCUUUGGUUAGAGAGCCAGCUUUGAGCGAUGGAAGAAUACAACCGGGGGAUAGAAUAGUAGCGGUCAAUGAUACGCCGAUGUCAAACAUGUCACACGCUGAAGCGGUAGCGUUCCUCCGAGCCUGCGACUCUGAAGUUCGUCUGCGAUUGUACCGCGACCACGCUGCGACUCCCUUAUCGCCCAUGUCACCUAAGGAAGAAAACCCGACUGACUCGGAUGCCCCUCUUAAUAGGCCUAAACCACCUUUAAGGGCUGAGGCAGUAUCAAUGCUAUGCGAUCUAGCAGCUCGUCGGCUCACACCAGACGCGGGUGACGGUUCUCGUUCCCCGUGCCUCUCUCCACGUAAACACCGCAAACUUACUAAGGAUAAUCACUAUGAACAACCGAAUGAUAUGCCAAGUUACAACGUUAUGCUAGACUCACACUCAAAACGUACUGAAAGCUUCAAACGAUCCGAAACAAUCGAAAUCUCUAUCGAUAUUUCGAAAACGGAUCGUUCGACGUUAGAUCGUCGCGCAACGAUGGAAAGAUCGGCAACCAUCGGAUCAACCGUGGAACCGCCGGCUUCCGUAGAGUCGAAUAGCAAAGUGUCCAAUGCCGAAGAAGUUAAGCGGCACCGCUCAGUACCACUCACGAGUCCUACAGCUCCGCCCUCUUGUAGAAAACAAAAACUUAGCCUGACAGUUCCUCCACACGGUUACGAGCUAAACAACUUAGAUAAUGACACGCUAGAUGCGCCAAACAUAUACCAGGAGGACAUAACAUUACAGCGGUUUACUGAAUCCGCAUUCCCUGUUGACUCCGACGAGCCAGUUUCAAUGCCCGCAGAGCUCUCCAGCGACGAACGGUUUAAGCAUUCAAGUCCGGCUUACCAAAGUGCCGUUUUGCAUACAACAAGUGAGAGUGCAUCUGAUGGACAAAAGGAUGACGGUAACGGUCUAAAGAAAUGGAAAGGAGUCGCGCUAUCACCCGAUAACGAAAGAAAAGCGAAACCAAUCCCAACGGAAGUCCCUCAAAAACCCAAAGAAGUCGAUAUCGUUCAAAAAGAAAACGUCAAACCUGAACCGCCGGUGGAAGCUACAAGCACAGAACCUACGAUAGUGACAGUGGAACUGAACCGUGGCUGGAACAGCCGGCUUGGGUUCAGUGUCCAGAGCCACCCGGACUCGGGACAGAGUUACAUCUCGGCCGUCUACAGCGACAGUGUCGCUGCACGGGACGGUCGCCUGCGACGCGGAGAUGUCAUACUACAGGUAAACGACGAGAACGUAACAUCAAUGAAGACCCCGGAGGUUAUUGACUUGUUACGAAUAUUGCGGGGAUCAAUUUGUAUAACCGUACUUCGGCCGCCGAUUCAACAGAAUUAGAAUAUUUAUGUAACAUAAAUAUAAAAUCUUCUUUAGUGAAAAAUUUAAAAGGAGUACACACAAUGCUGUGUGAUUGCAAUAUGAUCUAAAACUCAGAAGGCCGCUUCCACUCGCUCUUGAACAUCAGAACAAUAUCGCGUACCUAAUCUUUGGAAUUUUCGGUAUAUUCUUGAUAAACGAACCGUCAAAUGACUUUCAAAUUUUGUUUAUAGAUAGAAAUUUACGAUACUAUGUGGCGUUUAGCAUGCCAAGACACAGUAAUCCUUCGCCGUAUAUAGAAAAUGAUAAUUUUAAUAAUUUAAUGUAACCCCUCUGCUCUCAUACUGACAUAAGUAAAAUAUUACAAAUCGUUGGAGCCUCAUAAACUGAACGUACCAAUACUAUACGGCUCCCACACCAGUAAAUUAAUAAGUCUAUAAUCACACUUUAGACACACUUUAAUGUAGAGUUUCCAAGAUAAUUAUAUCACAGCAAAUGCUUCAAAAAACAAAAAGUUGUAAGAUGAAAGCCGACGAAGCUGUUACUGUGUGCGCUAGUUAUUCAUUAAUAUAUAUCUUAUCACACGUAGAAAAAUUUAGAUAAUUUAUUUCCAGUAUUAAACGCACAAGGUCGUGAUUUGUGGUGAUAUAAAUUUGAAAAACGUUUGUAAUCAGUAUUGUCUGUUAUUGAACUUAUAAUUAGUAGCUAAUGUCCUAUACGUACUUGUUUUCCUAUAUAUAAGAUGAUUAAUAUAGUGCUUAUUGAAGUUUUUGAUCUGAAUCGAAUUAUAUUUUAAAAAAAAACUCUUACAUUACAUUAAUUCAAAAAUUAUUAUUAAUCAUUAUCUGAAUCGUAAAAAAAAAUGAUCAUAUUUCUAUUUUACAGAAGUUACAUAGCAUAUUGUUUGAUUAAUUAAAAUUGUUGUUAUGGUUUGUUUUUUAAAACAAUUAAGUAUAUGAACAAAUAAGUGUUGCAACUGCAAGAGUAUUGUUACACGUAACGAAAAAAAAAAAAAUUAUAAGUAAAUACAAAUAUAGUAAAUAAAAUAUAAUUUAAACAAUCACGAAUGAGGUAUGUACAUAUAUUAAUAAACGAAUGAGGUAAUGUGUAUAUAAUAAUAAAGAAUUGAAUCUACAUAACUCAACAUUGUCGUAUUUAUAAGUCCGUCAAUGUUUCAUAACAAAAUAAUACACUUAUAUUAAAUAUAGAUAGAUAUGCAUGAUAUAGAUAUGUUUAUAAUAUUUCAUAAAUGAAAUACCGUCGUUCAUCAAACGAUUCAUACUAAAGUCAAAUAAAAACGUAAAUAUUAUACGAAGCUAGUUUUCGGUAAUAUAUCAUCAUAUUCAUUAUGUCUUCUCUCAUUCACACAGAGAUACAGCGCAAGAGAGAAGGUGAGUGUAUUAUAUUUAUUAGGUGAUGACACUCAAUAUAUGAAUUGACAUCUCAAAUAAAUGGAUCAUGAAAAUACUUUAUAAAUGAUAUAUAAGGUGAUUGACUCUUAGUAUUUUCACCUACAGAACCUCAUUACACCUACAUAACCUCCCAUUUUAAGGAAUUCAGUUAGGAGUCAGGAACACCUUAUAUAUUAUAGAUAAAAUAGCAUUAUAUAAAAAAAAUAAAACUAUUUAUGUUCCUAAAAAAGGAAAAUGUAGUGAGCGCAGAAGUAGCGCGUAAACAUUAUUGAUAUUAUAGUCAUAUGUAGCAUACAACAAUCUGAUACGUAAUUUCCUGGGAGGAAUUGAUCUCGUAGAAAAAAAAUCAGUUAUAAGAACUAAAUAUUAAAUAAUUCACCUAUACUAUGCCAUCUUUUAACUAUCCCGUAUCCCAAACAAAGUCCGGAAACGAAAUAAAUAUAUGUAGGAUUUUUUUGUAAUGUAGAUAACUUGGAAAAUAUGUAGAUAUAAUAAUAUAUUUGUUCUCAAUAAACACAAGCCUAUGCCGUAGUAAAAUUAUAUAUUAUAUAGCAUUCCAAAAUAGACCUUGUAAAUAUUAUUGCGAAUAGACACAAUUUUGAAUAGGGAUAUUGAAUUUUAUUUUUUAUCGAUUUUAACAAUAAUUUAUCAUUUUAUUUUAGUCCUAUUUUAUUUUAUUUCUUAGUUCUACUAAUUUACAUUGAAAUUCAAUUAUAUAAAAAGAUACAACUAUUCUUUCAUGAAACUCAAAUUUUGUUGCAAAGUAUUGUGUAAUCAUUUUUAUUAAUACAAAACUUUGCUCUACAAGUAUAUAACUGGCGUUAACUCUAAAGUAAUAAAUCAUAUCAAAUUAAAUUCUAUGUCUUUCUAAUAUAUUUAGACUCGAUGUCAAUGACACGGCUCAUAUGUAGCCCUAAGCACUUCUAACGUAUACACAUAAGGAACACUUCUUCACUGUAGGAUUUAAUCAUAAUUAUACUACUUAUACUACACUACAUAAAUUAGACGAUUAAAACAUAGAUUAAGUAUUAAUUUUGUCUAAUUUUUGUAGUUCAGUAAAAGUGACUAAUAUAGCUUUGUGAUUAAAAUAAAUAAAAAUAUUCAAUUAUAUAACAGCUCACAUCGUUGUUAUGACAAUUAAAAGUAAACACAAAAAAAAAAAACUUGUAAUGAUGAGGAAAAUGUUAUAAAAGUAAAAAUGAAAUGAAAAAAAACGAAUGCGUUAUACCAUUGAAAAAUAUUCAUCUAGUACAAGAAAAAGUAUGCCAAGACUAAUUGUCAUAGUGGCGAGAGAUGUCUAAUUAUGAAUAAACUAUUUAAUUAAGGUAUUUCGUACUUCUGUUCCAUCUGAAUGAGAAGUACCUGCUGUUCUGAAAAGAAGAUGGGAGCGAACGUACAAACCGGUGCAAUCACUUAGUUUAUUGGAAAUAGAAUAAUCCAAAUGUUUCGAAAUUUAUUAUAUUUGAUUUCAAAUGUCCCUAAUUACGUUAAACUAAACUAAGUAAACCUAUAGGUACUGAAUGUUUCUAGUCAAAUUUAAAAUGUAAUUAAAUUAUGUGGAUAAGCUAUUCUGUGGAAUCAUUACUUACCUAUAUACAGAUUAUUUUAUAUUGAUGAUAUAUCUUCAACAAUUGUCAAAUAUCCCUAUAUAACUAAAAUAUUUUGUCUUCGUUAUUAUUAUAAUGUUAUCGUAUGAAAAGAUUUUAUCGACAAAUCGACUCAACUAUUUUAAUAUAAUUCAUAGGAUUAUAAAAAUUAGUAAAUUAUUAUGUAAGUAAAAAUUAUAAAGUAAGCUGAACGAAAUGGAAACAACUGAUAUUCUAAAUAAUUGUGAUGGAUUUGUGUUAGUAAAUGUUACUUAUAAAUCUAAUAAUAAAUGUAAUAAUGUAACUUAGGUGCAUUGUAUUCACCCAGGCUUUAGAAAUUGUUGCUAGCCAUAAAAAAUUUAAUAAAAUUUUGACAAAAUAGUUUACCAUCAAAAAA